GCCUAAAGCGCAGUGCCGGCAGCCGGGCCACCCGGAGCGGGCAGCGCGCCUGCCCGCGGCCGCUCUCUCCGCCGCGGCCUAUUCCGGCUGUGGGGAGCGCCUGCGCGCCAAGGCAGCAUGGCGACGCCGGCCAAGCGGAGGGCUCGGCCUCAGCCCCAACCCGCCGCCGAGGAGCGCGGCUCGGAGCCGGAGUCGGGCGAGUCGGACUCUGAGGAGGAGGAGGAAGAAGAAGAGGAGGAGGAGGAGGAGAGGAUCGAUGAGGAAGUGAAUAUUGAAUUCGAAGCACAUUCCAUAUCAGACAAUGACUUUAAUGGGAUAAAGAAAUUACUACAGCAGUUGUUUCUAAAAGCUCCUGUUAACACUGCUGAAUUAACUGAUAUAUUAAUACAACAGAAUCAUAUUGGAAGUAUUAUCAAGCAAGCAGAAGUCCAGGAAGACAGUAGUGACGAUGAUGAAGAUGAUGAUGAAGUCUUUGGUUUUAUAAGCUGCUUAAACUUAACGGAAAGGAAGGGUACACAGUGUGCUGAACAAAUCAAAGAGCUGAUUCUAAGUCGGUGUGAGAAGAGCUGCGAACAGCAUGUAGUUGAACAACUGAAUAAACUCCUAAAUGACAGUACUAAGCCUGUGGGUCUUCUGCUCAGUGAAAGAUUCAUUAACGUACCACCGCAGAUUGCUCUGCCAAUGCACCAGCAGCUUCAGAAAGAGUUGACUGAGGCACAGAGAACAAACAAACCUUGUGGAAAGUGCCACUACUAUCUUCUUAUCAGCAAGACCUUUACAGAAGCUACAAAGAGCAAUUCUAAGAGGAGGGAAGGGAGAAAUCAGCAAAAGGAGGAAUUAAUGUUUGCAAAUGCAGAGGAAGAAUUCUUUUAUGAGAAAGCCCUUCUGAAGUUCAGCUACUCUGUGCAAGAGGAAAGUGACACCUGUUUGGGCGGCAAAUGGUCCUUUGAUGAUGUACCAAUGAAACCUUUGCGGACUGUUAUGAUAGUUCCAGCUGAUGGAAUUAAUGUAAUUAUGGAUAAACUCAAAGACUAUCUCUCACUCUGAACUUUCCUAUAAACACCAUUUUUUAUAAAGCAGCCAUGCAGAACUAUGAUUUCACAAUGUUUUCAGAAGACUGCUAUUGAGUUAAUGGUUUUGUACUGCUCAAAUGCUUCCUCUGUACACUUAGAAGACAAGUAGGUGGUACAAUUAAAAAUAUCCAUCAAAUUAAUAUUUUUAAAUAUUUUAUCUUACUAUGCUUUGGUAUCAUCAUUAAGCGGUCAAUAAAACCCCAAUGUUACAAGAAAACUUGAA